UGAGCUGAACUGUGGUCAGUGCAAUUGUGACAUUUAACUCCGGAAACACAAAUGUAACAGUAUCAGCAAGAAAAGCGACCCAAAGGCGAGAGGUUACACUAACUCUAAGCGGUGCGAGUCAGCAACCAUGUCGCGGGUGUUGAAAAAGAGGCAGGCCGACCCCAAAGUCGUCCAGUAUGUGUGGUCAGCCAUCGAAGUCAUCCGCAACCAGAAGCAGAUCGCAAACAUGGAUCGAAUUUCUAAGUAUUUGAGUCGCAUGUACCGGAUGCACCCCAAAGAGACCGCCAGGCAGCUGGCGUUGGCGGUGAAGGACGGCUUGGUGGUGGAGACCCUCACUGUGGGCUGCAAGGGUUCGAAAGCCGGGGUUGAGCAAGAAGGCUACUGGCUGCCUGGGGAUGAGAUGCAAUCGCAGGAACCGAUGGCUGAGGGAAGCAAGGAAUGGGAGGCAGAAAGCCACGACUGGUACUGCUUCGAGUGCCACCUCCCGGGGGACGUGCUGGAGUGCGAGAGCUGCUUUCGCGUCUAUCACCUACGCUGCAUCACAGAUGAGCUCCGGCCCCGAGACGCCACCUCUCACUGGCAGUGUGUGAUCUGCAGGGGUAAUAAAAAGAGGACCUUUUCCAAACAGGAAAUGGCCAUAUACUUAAGGUUCAUUCUUGCCCGUAUGAAAGAGCGGGCUGUCGACCUGCACAAGAAAGGUAAAGAGACGAAGCAGCCCAUGUAUAAGAGACUGAUCCACACUGCACUGGAUGUGGAUAACAUACAGGAGAACAUUUCCGAGGGCAAGUACAAGAACUUCGACGAGUUUAAGGCCGACGCCCAGCUGAUCGUCCACAACACGGCUAUACUGCACGGAGCACACAGCGAUCAGACUGAAAUCGCCAGACUUCUUUACAACGACACAUGCCAUGAGCUGAAUGAGUUACUGUUGUGUAGGAACUGCUUCCAUCUGUCCAAUGCCAGGCCUGACAACUGGUUUUGCUACCCUUGCGCGCCUAAUCACGAGCUGGUUUGGGCUAGGAUGAAGGGAUUCGGGUACUGGCCUGCCAAGGUAAUGCAGAGAGAAGGAAACCAGGUAGAUGUGCGCUUCUUUGGACACCAGCACCAAAGAGCCUGGAUCCCGUCCGAUAACAUCCAGGACAUCACGGUGAAUGUGCAGCAGCUGCAGGUGAAGCGCAGCAGUGGGUGGAAGAAGGCGUGCGAGGAGCUGGAGAUGCACCAGCGCUUCCUGCGCGACGGACGCGCAUGGAAGGGGCGGCCCGAGGAGCGCCAGGACGAGGCCGAGUCCAGCAUCUCCUCCACUAGCAACGAGCAGUCUAAAGGUAACCAAGAGCCAAAAGCCAAAAAGAGUCGUCGUUCUCAAGCAUCCGACCCCAAAGAAGAGCAAGAGCCAGAAGAGCCGGGUAUAGAGGCGGUGAGUUCGAGUCAAGAGAUCCCCACGGCGGCCUCCCAGCAGCCCGAGCGCACGUCCGUGUCCACCCAAACCAAAAAGUCGUCCUCGUCGUCCUCCCCCGCCGCCCGCACGCUGCACCGUGCCACCCAGACGCUCAACGAGGGCAGCUGCCAAAACAUGUGCCACGACAAGUACACCAAAAUGUUCAGCAACGUCAAGGAGAUGAUGAAGGCCGAGAACAAGCGCGAGACCGAGCGGGUGCUCAAGGAGGCUCUGGACAAGCUCCGCGGCGAGAUGGAGGAGGAGAAGAGGCAGGCGGUGAGCAAAGCGCUGGCGAGCACGCAGGCCGAGAUGGAGCGCAAGUGCAAGCAGGUGAAAGAGAAAUGUAAAGAGGAGCUGAUGGAGGAGAUGAAGAAGAUGGUCAACCAGCACAAGCAGCUCAUCUCGCAGACCAAGAAGAAGCAGUGGUGCUAUAACUGCGAGGAAGAGGCCAUGUACCACUGCUGCUGGAACACCUCCUACUGCUCCAUCAAGUGCCAGCAGGAGCACUGGCACGCCGAUCACAAACGCACCUGCCGCAGGAAGAGAUGAGCUGCCCCCGACCGUCGUCUACGCCCUCUUCGCUCCACCCAUCUACAUCCUCACCUCCCUUCAACCCUGGCUGCGUUUUGGACUAAAGCACUCUUUCCUCAACACGGAUCCACCAUCCUCCUCUUCCGUCAGGGCGGGGCACCGAGUGUCGGAGGCGGGCGCAGCGGGCGGGAGAGGAUUCCGACGUUUUAUCCGAUGUUUUAUUUUAUGGUCGUGUACGUCUCUUUUAAUUCGAAGUAAGAUGGAAAGAGCCUCGCUUGCCUACAGACUAACUGAAAUGUGAAGUAAUAACCUUUUUAACCGUGUGAUUCUCAAUCACUCGCCGUGUAGAUAUUCGACUUUUUAUAUAAGCGGAUGGUGUCCAUGGUGAUCGACGUUGGUGGUGUUUUACCGAGCUCGGUUUUUAUCGUUGGUUGUGAUGCAUCGUCCUUUGGGAACAGGGUUAACGGCAGGUCGUUUCGGUCGGGGGGAUUUAAAAAAAAAAAAAUACAAUCUUCCAUUUAUGAAUAUGCACAUUUCGAGUUAGACUUAAAAGAGAACAUGCAGAUUAUUUAUGUGCUGAUUUUGGGUCCAUUUUCUGUCGCUGAAGCCGAGUGGAUCUUUGUGAGGUUUUGAUGCGUGAAGCACGUGUCCCGGUCGUCGCGUUUCUAUCCAUCAUGCUUUGCGUCCUGAUACUACCUAAGUUGUUUUGUCGCCAUCUCAGAAAUCAUGCAAACUGGUUCUGUGUUUCUCUCUCAGGUUAGUCGGAAUAAAAAGGCCGUUCGCCGUUCGUACGAUUAGCUGAUCCGUACAAACAAACCUGCACUUACGUUCCAGCCGAAAUAAUCAAGCCAAUACAGACUCUGAAGGGAAUUGAACUCGCGUGCGUGUCUCACUGUGCCAGGCAUCAUCUCGGAAUUAAGAGCACACAUCAGGAGGAUAUUCGAGUUGGUCCGAGCGCAGGCGGCUUUGUCUACAGCACCGGGUUUAAUCUAGAACAAAAGCAAAACUGCAUUUAGAACUGAGACCUAGUGUUGAACUUUGAGGUCAUUAAAGCAGCGGCUCUCAUUGGAAAGAUUGAAUCUGUAGUUCUGGUUCAAAUCCUAGUGCACACAGUCGCUGUUCUUUUCGUUAAAUACAGUCGUCCGUGUUCGUCACCAUCUGCAGAGAAAGGCAUAUAUUGGCUUGCAGAUGUACUUUGUUCUCCUUUUUAUUGUACCUGUUAAAUUGUUUUUAAUCAUAAUUUAUACUUGCUUUUAUCUAUGUCAAGUGCUACACCCUAAACCACAUAGCAUGUUUUAAAUUAGUGUUAAAGCGUUGCUACAAAUUGUGGUUCAGUGACUUGUAGUACAAGUCGGCACGUAGCACAUGGGAUCUUUUCUGCUUAAAUAAAUAAGUUGGGUUUAAUCUGUGAUCCAGCAUAAUCACACAGCAGGUAUUGGCUAAGUAAUUUAAUUACUACUAAAUACUGUAGUGGGGCGGCACUGUGGCUCGGUGGGUAGCGCUGUCGCCUCGCAGCAAGAAGGUCCUGGGUUCGAUCCCCAGGUGGGGCGGUCCGGGUCCUUUCUGUGCGGAGUUUGCAUGUUCUCCCCGUGUCUGCGUGUGGGGUUUCCUCCGGGAGCUCCGGUUUCCUCCCACAGUCCAAAAAACAUGCAGUCAGGUUAAUUGGAGACACUGAAUUGCCCUACAGGUGAUUGGGUGUGUGUAUGUGUGACUGGCGCCCUGUCCGGGGUGUUACUGUGUGCCUUGCGCCCAUUGAAAAGCUGGGUUAGGCUCCAGCACCCCCCUGCGACCCUGAUUGGAUAAGCGCUUAAGAAAGUGAGUGAAGUACUGUAGUUUUAACGUUCAUUUUUAAUCGUUUAGUCACUGCAGUCGUACGUAAUGACACCAGAGGUCGUCGUGGGUUCAUAUGGAGAUCCGUAUCGCGCACCGAGUCGCUCACUGAUCUCCAUUAUCCCCCGGCCGCAGCAGUUGUAAGGAAUCCCUUCCACCACUCCCACCUUUCGGACGAGCCAAUCACUGUCCAUACAGGCGCCUGGCGUUCAUGAGUUUGAGAUGUGAUCAGUUGGGGGCGUGGCUACAGCUCAACAUGGAUCAUCUAUAGAGGAAUAAUCAUCAAUCAUCAGGCCAUUAAACUAAUCACUCGUAUUAACAGGAUGGUUCAACAAAUAAUCGUACGUCCUGAGACAGGCGUACAGUGGCGCAGUGGGUAUUUUCCAAUUCUGUUUGGUACAGUCGUAAGUAUUUGGAUCAUCCCGGUUCGCUCUAAUGCCAAGAGUCUCAUUAGGUUCCUGAUUGGCUUUAACUCGAACCGUUUUUCUCCAGAUGUGUGUUCAGUCUGAGAUCUCGUCCUGCUUUGUGAGCAAAGUUCUCAAUCAGCUGGAUUAUGGAAAUGUCAUUUUCUUCUCGCUCUUUCCGUCCGUUCACAUCACUUGUUGCACUACAUGUAAAUAAACGUCUGCCGCUCAGAGUCGAUGGAGAUUUGCACGUCAGCAGCAUUAUGUACAUUUCAUGAAUGCGUUCGUCGUAUUUGAUUAGUCAAAAAAACCUUGCGUGAUAUGGACAGAUGUUUCAUUCCAGUGCGCAUGAAAACUGGCUCGUGUGUUCGUUUCUGAUUAUUUUCCUCCUUAUGUUGCGUCCUCUCGGUGAGUAAUAUUCCUUCCUUUUGUUUUUAUAAUCUAACUUAUCGUCCCUCUGUAAUUGCAUACACCUGUUUAAUUUUAUUCGAUUUCUUUUCGCUAUUGUGGGCAAAACAGUGACUACUAAAGGUCUGAAAGAGCCGAGCACACCAGGGACUGUGGCGUUCGCUCUCGGAGUCGUGUGGUGUAACGGUAACGGUCAUGCCCUUCCUGACCGUCUCGGUGUGAGACGGCCCUGCAUUAUUUUAUGUAACAGUACUAUGUAUGAACAAUAAACAUAUCAUCAGCCACCGUUCAUAA